AUGUCAGAGGCAGUAAAGCUGCAAUUUGAGCCGUCCACUCUGGACGCGCUCGAAGCUUGGCAGCAGAGUAUCCGCGACAACGCCAUCGCCAUCAUCCAAAAGAAACUUCCAGAAAAGAUCCUCUCGCUCAACGCCAAGAUCGCCCAGGUCGACAGUGACAAGGAGCAUCUCUUUUCCAAGUCUCGUUACUUUGAUCCUAGCUCCAUUGGAAUCGAUACCACUGUCUAUCCAGCAAGCUCGAGCGAUGAUGGUUCGAGCAGCAAGAAGCGCAAGACGGCCGAUGCUGCGGUCAACGGUGGCUCCUCCUCUUCGCACCAAGAUGCAGCGCACGUCUACACCGGCAUCCUGCACACUUCCACCUACCUCACUACGGCCUUCGACGACCUCCGCGCCGAAUGGGACACACUCAUCGAGCUCACAGACGCCCUCAAGAUGUAUAUCAACCUCCAGAUGCCCCAGAUCGAAGACGGCGAUACGUUCGGCGUUUCCAUCCAGGAAGAAGCGCUCAACGAGAUCGUCCGAACCCAGGAGUCGGCGUACAACCUCAUCGCCACUCCGUUCACUUUCCACUCGGCGAGGGGCGAUCUGGCGGCGAAGCUGGUUCGAUAUCCCGGGGUCAAAGAUUAUGCAGAGGCGAUCAGGGAGCACGAUAGGAAGACGGUGUAUCGGUUGAAGAUGCACCUGACGGACAUGAGGAACAUUCAGAACGAAGAGCCGAUUUGGGAUCUGAAAGGGUAA